AUGGAAAAAGAAAAUUCCGAGGGGUGCUCGUUCACACAAGAAUCGUCCAAGUCUAGAAUCUAUAAGGCGUUCAAGAGUCUUGACUUGGUGUUUGAGGCGACAAGAUUACAGACAUUUAUCGACUGGCCAUUGGAAAAGCCAAAUCCUUCUGAACUAGCUACUGAUGGAUUUAUUUAUACAAGGACUAAAGAUUAUUGUACGUGUGUAUUUUGUUGGCAAUUAAUUCAGAUUGAAAUAAAUGAUAAUCCAAGACAAAAACAUGAAAGGAUUGCACCUUUUUGUCCCUUUAUUAGGGAUCAACCGGUUGGUAAUGUUCCCAUCAAUCAGAAUACUUGCGGAACAAUUGUGACUAAGUCUUAUCCUGAAUGUGAUCGCCUGGGUGUUUUUAUCAAACGUUGUCCACCAAAACGCAAGGAUUAUAUGUUAAUAGAAAAGAGAUUGAAAAGUUUUGAUGUUAACAAAUGGCCUGAUGAUCUUACACAAACAAGAGAAGAUCUUGUCGACGCAGGUUUUUUUUAUUGCGGUUUGAGUGACCACGUUCGUUGUUUUCACUGUGGAAAUGGUCUACGCAACUGGGAAUCUGGUGAUAUACCUUGGAAUGNUUUCCUCUCAUAUAUAGGCCGAUAUUAUUCGACACAGUCACACACUUACAGUGACACGAUUUCGUUGUUUUCAACUGUGGAAAUGGUCUACGCAACUGGGGAAUAUCUGGUGAUAUACCUUGGAAUGAGCAUGCUAGAUCCCACAUUGCCAUUAUGUUAA